AUGUCGGACUCUCUCCAUGUCAUUGCACUGAUAUCCGGUGGCAAAGAUUCUCUGUUCUGUAUUCUCCACUGUCUCGAGAAUGGCCACAAGAUCGUGGCACUAGCGAAUCUCCAUCCCAAACACCGACAAACUUCUCAAGGCGCAGAUGAAGCCCUGUCAAACUCCAACUUCAAGAGACAAGGAGAGGAAGACCUCAACAGUUUCAUGUACCAAACCGUUGGACACUCGGUUAUCCCACUCUAUGCCGAAUGUCUUGAUCUCCCACUGUACCGAAGACACAUAACCGGCUCAGCUGUGCAGACUGGCCGAUAUUAUGAUACCAUCAACAAGCAAGCCGCAUCGGACAAGACCGAGGACGAGGACGAAGACGAGACAGAAAACCUGGUCCCCCUUCUACAAGAAGUUAUGCGAAACCACCCCGAAGCCAACGCUGUCUGCUCCGGCGCUAUCUUGUCAACGUAUCAGCGCACCCGCGUCGAGUCGAUCGCCAUCAGACUCGGCCUUACGCCCUUGGCGUAUCUAUGGCAGUAUCCCGCUCUCCCUCCCCCGACACCAAAUGACUCAGACGGUCGCGGUGAUUCCCUGACUGGCCUACUAGACGAUAUGGCAGCCGCUGGAUGUGAUGCGAGAAUUAUCAAGAUCGCCAGCGGUGGUAUUAGGGAAAGUCUAUUGUGGACUAAUGUCGCUGACGCAAGGGUCCAACUAAGGCUCGUGAGUGGGUUAAGGCCGUUCUUUGCCGACCAUGAGUUCGGGCUUCGCGGUGCGGUUUUGGGGGAAGGGGGAGAGUAUGAGACGUUGGCAGUCAAUGGACCAAAGAGGUUGUGGAAGAAGAGGAUCGAAGUCUCCGACGGUCCGAAUUUGGCUCUCACGGGGGAUGGGGGAGCGAGUUACAUCCGCGUAGGAAAAGCAGUGACGGCGGAACAUGAUCCGAAGGACAUUGAGCAGGAGGACAAGGUCCUGCGAGUACCCAAACCGUUGGAUCCUCAAUUCGAGGCGAUCUUGUUGAAAUACCAAAACCAAAGAACUGAUAUCUCCGGCAGCGGGAGCAAAGCUGUAGAAGACCCCAGCAGCAGCUCGUACAACGUUCCUCAAGGUAUCCUAGAAUUUGUUCACAACCUGAGCUCGACCCAUUUAUCAAUAUCCAACAUAACGAUGCCUUCGUCCAGCUUGCCAGAAGUGGACAAUAACGCCACCACUCAAAUGAAGCAAAUAUGCGACAAACUCGAUGCCUUCCUUGCGUCCGUAUCGACCUCUCCUAACCUCCCUUCCCGCCUCACGACCUCCAAUAUCGUCUUUAGUACCUUGAUCCUCAAGAACAUCUCCAACUUCGCCGCCGUCAACUCCAUUUAUUCCUCACUAUUUCGCUCCGGAGAACCCAAUCCACCAGCCCGUGUGACCGUCGCAUGUCCGCUCCCCGAAAAUGUGGAAGUCAGUUUGAGCGUCGUACUUGAUCGGGGACCUCGAGAAGCAAGGCGUGGCCUCCACGUCCAAAGUCGCAGUUACUGGGCACCGGCGAACAUUGGCCCGUACAGUCAAGCGAUAUGUGUUCCGCUCGUGGUUCAGCUAGACUCUGGUGUCAAUGUUCAUGACGCAGAGUCAGUGGAGAUGGCUCACAUGGCAGGUCAAAUACCCUUGGUUCCACAAAGUAUGCAGGUUGCGCAAACAAGUUUCCAUGAACAGGCGGUGUUGAGUCUUCAGCAUCUAUGGCGGGUCGGGCAGGAGCGUGGCGUGGAUAUUUGGCCAUGGGGGAUCGCUUUCCUUCAGCAUGAGGAUGGUUCUUCGUACAAGGUCGACGUGACAUACAGAAUAUGGCAUGACGCUCACCGGAUUUCGACAAGGACCAAAAUCAACUCACCUACCGAGGAUGAAAAUGACCAAGAGGAAGGCCCCGAUGCAUGGGAUCUGCAAUACAACCGAUCUCAGAUAUAUGAGGUGGCCCCACUGCAGAUGACCGUCGGGAACCAUCGUCAUAUUCUUCCUCACUCGACCAUUUUCAAAGACACGACGAGCGAGUCGGUGUUUAUUCCUCCUUUCAUCGCGGCAGAGAUUCUUUCUCUACCUCGACAUGCGCCAGUUGAAUGGUGGAGUCUAGGAAUAGCCAACCUGCCCGAGAAACCUCAUUCAACACCUCGUAUAUCUACGAGUCGAAAGCAUUAUUCAUGGGGAUCCACCAACCGCGUCACUAUUCAUCCUUCUACUAGCCUUGAGGAGCGUGCUCAGUCAGGGGCCAGAGAAACAUGGGUUCAUUUGGUCACAGUGUUGGUUCACCUAAAUCCAUUAGAUAUCAGUUCCGAUGUCAAACUCGUUGAAGAAGUGCUAUUGGACCUCCUUCUGCCGAAGUCUGAUCUCGGCACCUUAGCAUUUUCAGAUCCGGAAAUUGUCCACGGCACAGCUUUCAUAUCCCACAAGGGUUACACUUACUGGACCAAGAUGCGUGAACGGCCACUUUUUGCCACCUUGACAGUCAUCCCGUGCACCACAUUGUACGGGAACUGUAGAGUUGACACGUCCAUCGACGAUCCAGGCGAUGAAAGCAGCGGGAUUUCCGUUUCCAAAUCUUCAACGAAAAAGACCGAGCAAGAGGUGUCUUCACUACGGCCCAACGAGGAGACAGAUAUCAAAAACGACGCGGCGGCGCAAUGCCCCUGGCAAUGCCGACCUCUCGCGGCAGCAAUGACCAUCCGCAUCGAUGAGAGCCGAGACUGA